AUGAUGCCUUUGCUCAAGGGCACGAAAGUCGAGUAUGGCCAGCUCCUUCGACUGCUAAUGCUUGCACAGAACGAGGCCUUGAAUGAGCGAUCAACCAAGUCAGCGCCGCCAGCACCUGCUUUUACGGCACAGUAG